CUGUCGGGAUCUCCCUGAACCUCGAGUCAGGGGUGUCUGCCUUGGCUGUCACCGCUGAGGUAGGAAGGCUGACCGUAAUCAUGUCAGUCGAUUAGGAACCCCAGAGGAGGAAGGCUGUACGUAAGCCUUCUGCGAGACAGGCUUGACUUGAGUUCGGCCAGCUGUGUGUCAGCUCGAAAGGAGGAUUUUUGUUGUUACCUAUUCAUUCCUCCGAUUCCGUGUGUGGAGUUGGACCUACGGAAGCAUUGACAUUUCAGAAAAUCGUGAUUGCACUUACGAUUUUUCUUCCUUUUUCGGGAAAAACUCGAGCAUCUGAAUGCCUCCAUACAACAUUCAAAAGCGAGACUCGCUCAAGCUUCAGAAUAUAGCAGACAUGGAAGGCGAUCUUCGAAAUAAUCUCUCUCGUCAGGAGUUAAUCCGACAUCCUGACGACGGCUCGGACCCGAAUGUGGUCGUGGUUCCUCGUCGUGACAGUUCCGAGGACGAUGGAAGUCCUGCCGAGAACCCCAGGCUGACGAGGACGCAGAAGACCACCGUGGCGAUCCUGUGCUUCGUCAACCUCAUCAACUACAUGGAUAGAUUUACUGUAGCAGGCAUCUUGACGGACAUCACCAAGACGUUCCACAUGUCCGAGUCGCAGUCGGGGCUGCUGCAGACGGCUUUCGUGCUCGUGUACAUGGUCAUGGCACCUGUCUUCGGGUACCUGGGCGACCGGUUCUCCAGGAAGUACCUCAUGGCCGUCGGUAUAUUCUUCUGGUGCCUGGCGACGCUCGUGGGGUCGUUCAUGCCUAAUUACCUGCUGUUCCUCCUGUUCCGUUGUUUCGUGGGUGUGGGGGAGGCAAGCUACUCCACCAUAGCACCAACAAUCAUCUCAGAUCUCUUUGUGAAGGACUUGAGAUCGAAGAUGUUGGCAGUUUUCUACUUCGCCAUCCCUGUUGGAAGUGGUCUGGGCUACAUCAUUGGUGCUGAAGUAACCAACCUCCUGUCAGACAGCCAUGGGUCAGAGGCAUGGCGCUGGGGUCUGAGGGUAACACCAGUCAUGGGCUUCCUGGCCCUGUUCCUGAUCCUGUGCUUCCUGCAGGAGCCCCCUCGAGGAGAGAGCGAAGGAGGCCAACAUCUCCAGUCCACCUCCUUCCUGGAGGAUCUUGGAUACCUCUUCACCAAUAAGAGCUUUAUCCUGUCAACCCUGGCCUUCACCUGUGUGACGUUUGUGGCUGGGGCCUUAGCGUGGUGGGGUCCAUUCUUCACUGAACUGGGGGUCAAGAUCCAAGAGGAUCCAAAUGCCAAGGAGGAUAAUGUUGCCUUUGUAUUUGGAGCCAUUGCCAUGACUGCUGGUUUGAUUGGUGUUCCGCUCGGCUCCUUCUCGGGCCAGAAACUCCGAGUCAAAUUCCCAUUUGCUGACCCACUGGUGUGUGGUGUGGGGCUCCUCAUCUCAGUCCCACUCAUUAUUGCUGCAAUGGUCUUGGCCGAGUUCAACACGGUUGUCUCCUAUGUUGUGGUGUUCUUUGGGCAGGUCUUCCUCAACCUCAACUGGGCUGUUGUAUCAGACAUUGUCCUGUACAUUGUGAUUCCCACAAGGAGAUCCUCAGCAGAAGCAUUCCAGAUUUUGUUCUCGCAUGCAUUAGGAGAUGCUGGCAGUCCAUAUCUCAUUGGUGUUGUUGCAGAGUCAUUGCAGCCAUAUAUUACCCCUCGCAAUACUACCACAAAUACUACUGUGGAGCCUCUAUCCACCACAACACUAGAUUAUUUCAACUCUACAGAGGCCACCAUCACCACUACUGCAGCACCUGAAGUUGAUGACUUGGGAAUUUUAAGGCACUGCAGUACUCUAUGUUCCUGUGUGCUGUCAUUAACAUCCUUGGAGCGAUCUUCUUCUUCUUGAAUUCUUGCUUCAUUCGGAAAGACAAGGAGAAGUGUGACCAGAUUAUUGCAGAGAGCUCGGAACCCAGUGCACAGAAGACUGAUUCCGAUGGCCAUGUAGUCGCCUCUGUUAGUGUCAUCCAAAGCACUACGGUCGUGGUCGAGUCCCAGAAGUGCUGAGAGACGUCUUUACAACAGACUACGUUCUUUUAGGCAGUGGAAUCGAAGGCCGAUAACUGGUGAUAAUCUGUUUUGAUUGGUCAACCAGUUACCAGCUGCGAUGACUGAAACCACCAGCCAAUCACCAGCUGCGGUGCAUCAUAAAUCAUCCAGUCAUUAAUGUGAUGGCUCAAAACGCUAGUCAAUCAGUAGAAAUAAAAUAGCCUUCAAAUCCACCGAGUCGGAUGAUAAAUUACUCCUAAAUAUAGCAAGUUAAUAUGCAGUAUUUCCUUUCAUCUUCACUUUGUUUCUCGUAUAUCCAUAAUCUGCAGUAUUAGAAAGGAGAGGGAAUGAUCAUGACCAUCAUCCACGUAUACUUCACCGCAGCGCUAAAUCAUUGACCCGGCUGCAGCAAUGGUAUUCGCAGUCUCGCGUGCAGUGUAAGUGUGCGCCAUUUCCAUAGCGAAAGAUCUUUUUGGAAGAAAAUGCAAGUAACUCUCAGAGCGAACGCGAGUAGACGUAAUACUAAUAUGGCGUUUAAUGACACCACACGCCUUUGCCUCAUCCUAGUUUCUAAUUCCGUGCCAAGGAGAAAUGUUUGGACUAACCUCAGUGCACUUUCUUAAGUACGAGGUUGAUUUCGGUGAGGAACCUCCACCAUUUCUUACAGUUAAUGUGUUCACGUUAGCAGAUUCGCAGUUCCUAUUUUUAGAUUGUAAAUUAUUUUAAUAUUGAACUAUUCGUGAAUCAGUAUAGAUAGAUUGAUUUUACUGAAACAACUUUAAUAAGAAUCCUAUAUUUAAUGGGCAUAUGUUGAUGACACAUUUCCGCAUUGUGCAUUGCGCAAAAAAAAAAAAAAAAAAAAAAAAAAAAAAAAAAAAAAAAAAAAAACAUCGAUCUAAGACAUAUUCGAGCUUGAACCUAAGAACAGUAUUCAUUAAUGCUAUAUAUAACCUUUAAUGUUAUAUAAGCUGUUGUUACAGCGAACUUGGUAUAUUAUUGUUUUUUAAGAGUAUGCUUUAUAUAUUAACUAAGCCCAAAACUUGUCAGGGAUUACAUUAUUGUAUAGGAAGUAAUUCCAUUUCUUUGACUUUUAUGAAUGUGUUGUCUUUCAGUAUUGCCAUUAUCAGUUGUGCUUAAAAUACAUUAUCUUUUUUAUGACAAGACAAAGCCUAUUUUUAUGUACAGUACAUUAUCGUGUAACUCUGUGAUAUAUCAUAAAUUAAUGUUACCACACAAUUUGUUUUGAUUCUCUCUCUCUCUCUCUCUCUCUCUCUCUCUCUCUCUCUCUCUCUCUCUCUCUCUCUCUCUCUCUCUCUCUCUCUCUCUCUCUCUCUCUCUCUGUCACCUUCACUGUCUUUCUCUCUCAUGUAUUAUAUUAUGUUUCCUCACAUGGCAAGCUAUCCAUUUGUUUACCAAAUAUGUCCGAAGAUCACAAUGUAUUUCAUAAAUCAUAAGACGUGUUCAUCUGUAUUUUUCAAAGUUGGGAGUUCAUCCGAUCAGUUUUAAAAUAUAUUCAAUUUACAACAGUGAAUAGUACGUAUUUGUUAAUACAGUAAAUUGGUUGUUUCUAGUAUAGUUCGGGACAUGACUCCAGAAGAUAUUCAUUUAUUUAUUUAUUUAAUUUUUUCUGCCCCGUCAACAUGUAAGAUCAUUAGCGGCGUAUUCAAAAUAUAGUAUAGCGUGAGGCUUGGGGUCAAAGCCCACAGGUAUCAAAGGUCAUAUGGCGAUGUGGUAAAGUUGAGUAACGAAAAGGGUUAGGAAUGAAUUAAUGAUUAGGAUAAAGUUAGAGUUGAACAGUACUUUAUGGUAGUAUGGUAGUGGACUGGGUAGAGAGGGGGAGCUGAUGGGAUUUAACACAGGGUAUAGGAUGCUAGAAGGGGAAGGGAUUAAGGGAGUAGGAAGAAUUAUGAUAAAAACGGAAAAAAUUUGUUUAACGAUUAGGAUAAGUGGACAGAACAAGGGGAUGAGGAAAGGAAAAGAGAAGAAAAGACCAUGCAAAAUUAGUUGAGGCGAGGGCUGAGAACCAAGGCAGAGGUGAUCCCCUACUUUGGGCCUCAGUCCCUGUCUCCUAAAGCCCCUACGACGACGACAAGCAAUGGAUUGCGGGGAUCCUGAAGAUAGUUACUAUUUUUUUGUGCGUCUCAACGGAGAAACUACCUAAGGUGCUUAACGAAUUGCAAAAGGAAUUUCAGAAACUGUAUAUAAAUCUAAUAAGUGAUGUGGAUUGAUUUAGAUUAAUCUUGUAAUGGGGUUUAUGGUCCCCCCUACUUUGUCUUUAAAACAAAUUUCCCGAAAUGCACAAAAAAUUGUCAGUCCUAUCCAAAUAAUAAAGCAGAAUAUUUGUUAUAAUCUACACUGCAAUUUCAAGUUUAAGGCUCUUGAAUUACAUGAGAGGACAUUUAUUCUCUAUUUCAUAUGCCCCGUUCGGUUUGAUUUCUUUUAGUUAGUGGUUCUUAACCUUUUUCCUUCCACGACCACUUCAUGUUCCCCCUCUAACUAAUGCUAAUUUUCCCUCCCAGAAUUUAAAGAAAUUGGUAAGCUGAAUUUCUUUCCCAAAAUUUUUAAGCAAAAUGAUAAAAUGGGUGUUUUUAUUUUUUCAAUUAGGCAUGAAUUCAGAUACCUUACUGUUAAUUAACAACCAGAUUAUGGAUGUGUGAUUGAAUGCUAUAGCAAAUACAUGUAUUUUGAGGGAUAGUGAAGUCGAGUCUAUAUAAGUUCUAAUAGACCUUGAGCAAAGGGUCAUUAAGUAUAGAAAAUGAGUAAAAGUGAUACUUUGGCCUUUAUGAAAUUUUCAUAAAGUUUUCUUUAUAAGACCACACUUAUAUGAAGAGAAUACAAUAAUUAGAAAAAAUUCCUACUUUCCACUUGGCCUGUGCCCCCUCCUAGGGGGCACAGGCCAAGUAAAGAACUAUAGUUGUAGUAGGAUAUCAAAUUAGAAAAAAAAAAGGAUCUGUAACAAAGGGAACAAUGAAAGGUUUCCAAUUAUUCUUUUUUUUAUUUGUAUAAACAGCGAGUAUGAGAUACUUAAUAAACAUUAAAAUUUCACAACAAGUCUUAUGUUGAGAUCUUUAUGAGCAAAACACUAACAUCCUUUUAGAAUCCUGAAACAUUAAAAAAAAUCACCUCUGACACUAAGUAUUUUUUGUCUAUUUAUUUAUUUUUUUAACAGAAAAGUAAUUUGUAUACCGAGAUGAGCAUGGCCCAUUUUCUUUCAUAAGCCUGACUAGCAAGACCAAUAUCACAUAAAAGUUUUGUGCUUAAGUGCAAGAUACCAGGUGAUAAAUACACCUGUACAAAACAAUAACAAAAAAACAAAGAAAAAAUAUGAAAAAAAAA